AUGGGAGUUCCUGGACUGUGGAGGAUAUUAGAUACAGCAUCACAACCAGUGAGUCUUGAUUACUACUCAGGAUCUAGAAUCGCCCUAGAUAUCAAUUCUCAUUUAAAUCGAAUGUUACAUGGAAAUCAUGGCGGUAACUGGCUUUUUUAUUUAAUGAAAGACCUUUUUACAAUUAUGCAUCACAACAUCAGCAUUAUUGUUGUAUUUCAAGGUAGUAGUUCCAAUAAAAAAAUGUUUAGUAGGUUAUUAGACCAAGAUGAAACACGUCUUCGAUCAAUUCUUAUCAGAACAGCUAAUUCUAUCCCACAAGAACCUCCAAAGCCCAAUCCCCCACAAAGAACUGAAGAACAAGAAAAAAUUGCAACGAAAACAUUAGAAGAAAUACAAAAUAAGAGUCCAAAGAAGAGGAGGGAAAUCUUACGCGAAUCAGAUCCUCUUCAAUAUUCACUUUCACAGUUAAAUUUUGUUAAAACAUUACCUGCACCUGCAAAGAAACCUAUGACUGUUCACAGGAGUGAAAUUACGACGCCUUAUAUCUUCAAACCACAAGAUGAUACCCCAGAAAUAAAAGAACCCGUUCCAAAAGACGUUGUUGCUCCAUCUCCAAAACCAAAGUCAGAACAAUUCACAACAGACUUCAUAAACGAAUACAAAGAACUCCUAAACAGUGUUGACGAGAAUCCAGAAGAAAAUUCAGAAGAAAAAAAUAAUGAAAAAAUACCAAACGACGAUAAAGAUGAUUUUGAGCCAAUAUCAUUACUACCAGCUGACAAUCCAUAUCUACCACCCGUAGAGAACUACGUAACAGCAGAUCACAUAAGAGCUGUCAAAGGAUUAUUAGAUGUCAUGGAUGUCCCUUAUAUCAUAGCCCCAGAAGAGUCCACAGCAGAAUGCGCACGUCUAGAACUCGAAGGAAUCGUCGAUGCAACAGCCAGUGAUGACAACAACGCUUUUCUUUUCGGUUCAAAAAUUUUGAUCCGAAAUAUUUUUUUGCGACCACAUUCGAUCACUUUGAAAUCGCUUGAAGUGUACGGAAUGACCAGGAAAAGGCUGCUGCAGCUCGCUAUGAUGAUCGAUGGUGACUACAACGAUGAUAUUAAGAAGAGAUUGUUCACGGUCGGACCAAUUAGAGGUCUCAAAAUUUUGUCACUUUUCCCUGACGAAAAAAACGGUUUGUUUCAAUUUAAGGAGUGGUUUUCGCACGUUAUACAGAAAAAUCAGAGCCAAUACAACAACGGCAACCCUAAUUUAAUCAAAUUUUCUCAAUCGAAGUGGGUGAAAAAGCUGAUUGUUCCUUCGAAUUUCCCUCCAGCAGAUUUAAUGGAGGCAUUCAUCUCACCUGUCGUUAGUGAUGAGAAGCCAGUAGCUCACAGUCCUCUAUUCGAUCGUAAUAAUCUCAUCGAAUACGUACAAAAGAACAGUAAUGCGCUAUUACAUCUGAUUACAAAUUAUGUUGACGCUUUCAUAGGAAGAAAUACAAGAUCCGAGAAUUCUUUCGUGUUUACAAAAUUCACUGUUAAUCCAGUUAACAUUCCUGAGAGUGUUUUCCCUUAUUUUGAUUUCUUUAAGGAAUAUCUUCAAGGUAAUAAAGAAAUACAGAACAAAACAGUCAAUUUCCUUUCCGAUGAAAGCGAAUCAGAGAAGGAAACUGAAAACGAAAAAGAAAAUAAAGAAACCGAAAUUUUACCUGAAAACAGCAACUUUGCAGACGAAAUUCCUAAAGAAGUUAAGAUCAGAAUACGAAGAGAAAGCGCUAUUCGCAGAAGAGAAGAAAAAAAAGAUAAUUCAAUGGAACCAUCGAGUGAUGACACCCUUAGACCUCCUUCAUACUACGCUCCUACAGAAUAUUUGAUGUCUUCGUCAUCAACUUCUUCACAAACGAUGUCUGACGCUGAAAAUGAAAGUCAGAAGAAAGAUGAAGGAGAUUAUUCAGAUUUCGAAGAAGUUCAGACUUGA